AAUGCUAUUAGCCUUGCCUCAUCCGCAAGGGCCAUGGCCGCUGCCCCUCACCUCAACUCGGAUGCGCUUCGGGAAGUCCUGGAAUGCCCCAUCUGCAUGGAGUGCUUCACCGAGGAGCACCUGAGGCCGAAGCUGCUGCACUGCGGGCACACCAUUUGCAAGCAGUGCCUGGAGAAGCUCCUGGCCAACAGCAUCAACGGGAUCCGCUGCCCCUUCUGCAGCAAGAUCACUCGGAUCACGAGCCUGGCUCAGCUGACGGACAACCUGACCGUGCUGAAGAUCAUCGACACCGCCGGGCUCAACGAAACCGUGGGCCUUCUCAUGUGCAAGGUGUGCGGCCGGCGGCUCCCCAAGCACUUCUGCAAGACCUGUGGGCUGGUUUUGUGUGAGCCGUGCAAGGAGGCCGAGCAUGUGCAAAAGGGCCACGGGGUGGUCGCCAUCAAGGAGGCCGCUGACGAAAGGAGGAGGGAGUUCGGGGCCAAGCUCGGGCGGCUGCGGGAGUUGAUGGGAGACCUUCAGAAAAGGAAGAUGUGCCUGGAAGGGGUGUCCAAAGACUUGCAAGGGAGGUACAAAGGCGUUCUGCAGGAUUACAGCAAAGAGGAGCGCAAGAUCCAGGAGGAGCUGGCCCGCUCUCGCAAGUUCUUCACCGGCUCCCUCUCGGAAGUGGAGAAAGUGAAUAACCAGACCAUGGAGGAGCAGGCGUACCUGCUGAACAUCGCGGAAGUGCAGAUCGUGUCCCGGUGCGACUACUUCCUUGCUAAAAUCAAGCAGGGGGACAUCGCCCUCUUAGAGGAAGAGGGCGACGAGGAGGAGCCGGAACUGAUGAACAGCCUUCCUAAGGAGCUCACUCUGCAAGAGGUGGAGCUCCUCAAGGUAGGCCACGUCGGGCCGCUGCAAAUCGGGCAGGUGGUGAAAAAGCCGCGGAGCAUCAACGUGGAGGAAUCGCUGAUGGAGACGGCCGUGCCGGCCUCCGUAUCCUUCCGGGAGGCUGACACGCGUCGAGAAGAAGCCAGCUCGCUGCCAAAUUCUUCUUCCCCAGUCAAGCCGAGGAUGACGGAAGCAGCGGCCAGUGUACAGCAGUGCCACUUCCUCAAAAAGAUGGGCUCCAAAGGGAGCACGCCGGGGAUGUUCAACCUCCCCGUCAGCCUGCAUGUCACCCCGCAAGGGGAGGUGCUCGUGGCCGACCGUGGCAACUUCCGGAUACAAGUCUUCACCCGCAAGGGCUUCCUGAAGGAGAUCCGGCGGAGCCCCAGCGGCAUCGACAGCUUUGUGCUUAGCUUCCUCGGGGCUGACCUGCCCAACCUGACGCCCUUGUCCGUCACCAUGAACUGCCAGGGGUUGAUCGGGGUGACGGACAGCUACGACAACUCCGUCAAGGUGUACACGAUGGACGGGCACUGCAUAGCGUGCCACCGGAGUCAGCUCAGCAAGCCGUGGGGCAUCACCGCGCUGCCCUCGGGGCAGUUUGUGGUGACGGAUGUGGAAGGAGGAAAGCUUUGGUGCUUCACCGUAGACCGCUGCGUUGGGAUCGUAAAAUACAGCUGCUUGUGCAGCGCUGUCCGCCCAAAAUUUGUCACUUGUGACAUGGAAGGGACGAUUUACUUCACCCAAGGGCUGGGCCUGAACCUCGAAAACCGCCAGCACGAGCACCAUUUGGAGGGAGGGUUUUCCAUUGGCUCCGUCGGCCCGGACGGGCAGCUGGGGCGGCAGAUCAGCCACUUCUUCUCGGAGAACGAGGACUUCCGGUGCAUCGCCGGGAUGUGCGUGGACGCGCGGGGCGACCUGAUCGUAGCCGACAGCAGCCGUAAAGAAAUCCUGCAUUUCCCCAAAGGGGGCGGCUACAACAUCCUAAUCCGAGAAGGACUCACGUGCCCCGUUGGCAUCGCCAUCACGCCCAAGGGGCAGCUGUUGGUCCUGGACUGUUGGGAUCACUGCAUUAAGAUCUACAGUUACCACUUGAGGAGGUACUCCACUCCGUAGGA